GUCUCCCAUCGGACGCGUCCCAGGUGGCGGAUAGGGGGAGCAACUGCCUAGUCUAGUGAUACUGUUUUGACAACAGGUCACUAGCCUUGACAAAUGCUCAAGCGAUGUCAAUAUCUUAAGAUGCAUUUUUAACAAAUGGUCUGAACUUCUUGACAUAGCUAGGUCGGUAAACGGAAAUGUGUCAGCCGACUAUCAUAAUACUGUGAUGCAUUUUAUAACAAAUGGUCACAGUAGGAUGUAAUUGGUGUUAGGAUACUGUUAUUACUGGUGAUACAUUUUUGACAAAUGGUUACCUAGUGCUAACACAUUCUCUCUCUCUUCUAGUGUUACUACCCGCGGACCAAAACUGUUCUUUCUCUCUCUACUCUUUCUUUCCCCCCCACUUGUAAGGUCAAGGUGAUGGUAGCAGUGCCGAAGACCUGAAUGGCUAGUAAGUGGUUAAAGAUAACUAGUCGCUAACAGCUCCCCUCCGACGCCAGGGCACGGGUCGGUUGUAAUACAGUUUUCGCCUAAUCCAUGUACGCCGUCCCUGCAUGGAGUGUCCAUCCCCUUACGCGCUCACUCGUGGGAACAAAAAUGAAUAACACAAUACAAAACAAUAAUAAUAACAAAAAACAAACAGCAAAAGGCCAGCAGGGGAAACCUAUGCUGGCUGAUUGCAAACAGUCGACUGUCCAACCUUCUGGUGACAGUUUGACUAAAAGCAGCGAGGUAGCCUUGGACUUUAAGCCAAGCACCUCAAAAGCUGCAUUAGCCCUCGCUGGUAAUAUACCAGCAACAGCCCCUGCAUUGGACACUGUCGAGAAGACAGUUGUCCCUGCGAAAAUGCUACAGGUUGGAUCGUCGAACCAGAAGUCGGGUCCAACCACCGUAGCCCCACCCGCCACUACGGCAGAACCGAACGCCCCCAUUCGCAAAGAACCAUCCAGGAGGGCUUUCGUGCAAAGGCGUGCCGCCAUGCGCAUUAUCGACCGGCUUGGAUCCAAGUCGGCCGAUGCGCUUAACAUCGACGAAUUGUCGAAACUAAGUUGGGCUAAGGCUCAACUGGCUGAGCUGGACAGCUCAAACACUCCUCCAAGCGCAGAUGCAGCGAACCAAGGCGCAUCUGCUGAGCCCAAACGGCAACGCUCAGAGGAGGAGCUGCUCCAGCAGCAGAACACACAGCCGAAGACUAAACGUCCGAAGCAAGAGGCUCGUGUGAUAAGAAGGCCUUACAGUGAAGUUGCUCGCAAUCCACUUGUAAGGGCUAUUAUCGACAGGAGUGUUGAUGACGGAGCUAUCUCCCAGGAGAAAUGGCUGAAAAUCCGUCAGGGUAUGCUGGGGGUAUACUGGAAGAUUCUCAAGGAGAAUCCCGGUCCAUCCCCGCAAAACGACGAUGCUGGCUGGUAUCAAGGCCAUGUAAAACUGCUAGCGUGUACCAAUGACCGCUCAGCUCUACUGCUAAAAUUAGCAAUUGCGUCCCUAGGGGAAUUGUGGCCUGGCGCGAAACUGGACGUGAUCCCGGUAAACGAGAUACCUCGUAGACCGAGAUCAGUCACAGUUAUUCCGGCGGAGCCACAUGAACCUGAGGAGAUUCUGGCAUACAUUCAGAGCGGUAAUCCCGAUCUACCAACCCAUAACUGGAAGGUGGUUAAGGUUUCCGCUCCUGAAGGUGCGCAUAGAAAGGUGGUCGUAGUCCUUAACAAGGAAUCCUUGGCGCCACUACGUGAGAGGCAAAGCAAGAUUUACUAUGGUUUCGAUAGUAUCAAGCUGCGCAUCUACCGUGGUGACGACAAGCUCGACCCCGAAACUUCUGGUGUUAAACUGGAAGCUCCGCAGGAUAUGGACUGCAAAAUUAAACUGGACGACCCCGCAAGCUCUGAGGACAAAAUGGAGACCCAAUCACACUCCAGUAUGGUUGGGGACCUAUUCUGCGCUCUGGGUGAUGUGGAGGAUGAAGAUGUUCUUCUGGAAUCAGACCCAGAAGACAUCGACGUUACGGUCAUAUAUGAUCCAGACCAUGGUGAAGGCGAUCCAAGUGAACCUUCACCACUCUAAGGCAGCUUCGGCUGCCCUGCUCCUCCACAUUGCUAAAUAUGGGGAGGACAUUGCGUUGGUCCAGGAGCCGUGGAUACACAAUGGCGAAAUUCGUGGACUCAACGCCAAAAAGUACAAACUUUUGUACAUAAGACGCACAGCGAUGAAGAUACAGUAGCUGCUGCUUGGGAGACAGGUGCAGGUAAGGUGUGGCUGCUCUCGAGCUAUAUGGCGCACGACCAGGUUGAACCACCACCGAAUAACCUGGUAUCUAAUAUGAUGCGUGCCGCAAAUAGGGCCAGAACUCCUGUAAUUAUCGGAGCUGAUGCAAAUGCUCACCACACAAUCUGGGGUAGCUCAGAUAGAAACGAACGAGGUAACACAAAAGGACCAUUGAUGGACCCAUGUGAGCUGCUCUUUCUAUCUUCCUUAUUUCGUGGCUGCCUGGAAAACCUAACCUAACCUAACCUAACUCAAAAAUUAGAUGUUUUCUAAAAGUUAAAGAAUUUUCUCGUUAUGUAUGAACACUUUUGUCUAUCGUUAUUAUUUGUUGAAUCUGUAUUAUUCGUUAUUUUCUUAGGAUAAUGAAAUUUUUUGUUUUGGUACAUUAAUUAAAAUGUAAUUAAAUGUUUUUUGUAUAAUAAAUUUUUUCCUAGUACUCUUUGGUUCGCGGUUAUCUGAAAUUUCUGGUAUGUAUGAAGACUUAAGUCCUUAA